GUUUCUGUCAUUCCAGAGGGACCCCGGUAGGACUAUACAGCCGUUUACAACAAUGGCCACUGCGGCCUGGCUACCGACGUGGUGGUACAUUUAAGUCAUCCAUGGAAUUGCGUGUGGCAGCCAUAAAUUACGCCCGUGAACCGACCGACCGAGGGGUGCGUGAGAGUUGAGCAACAGACAUGCCGCUUACAGCAAAGUGACUUACUUUGGUGGGUGUGUGUGUGCAACUCCGAUACUGGCCUACUGGGUGAGAAUAAUGUGCGAAGAAUGGCAAUUGUAUCAGUGAUAUCGGUGGCCAACAUAACAAACUCUAGUGACAAUGGGACGAACACGACGACAAAUGGGACAAAUAUGUCGGACAAUGGAGACGGUAUGGCAGGAGCCGGAUGUCCGCGGCCGGAUGACACACUGUACCCGAGCAUGUUUGGUAUAGACCUAGCGGUGCCAGAAUGGGAAGCCAUUGCAACGGCAAUAAUUUUGACACUCAUCAUCAUCAUUACCAUCGUUGGAAAUGUGCUGGUGAUACUGAGCGUUUUCACCUACAAGCCACUGCGGAUAGUGCAAAAUUUCUUCAUAGUAUCACUGGCAGUGGCCGACCUGACGGUAGCCAUCCUGGUGCUUCCGUUCAAUGUGGCGUACUCGAUACUGGGCCGGUGGGAAUUUGGCAUCCAUGUGUGUAAAAUGUGGCUCACCUCAGAUGUCCUGUGCUGUACAGCUUCGAUUUUAAACCUGUGUGCGAUUGCAUUAGACAGGUAUUGGGCCAUUACCGAUCCAAUAAAUUACGCUCAGAAGCGAACCUUGGAGCGAGUUCUGGCACUGAUUGCGGGGGUGUGGAUACUUUCGUUGGUCAUCAGUUCACCCCCGUUGAUCGGCUGGAAUGACUGGCCAGAGAAAUUUUCCAGUGAGUUCCCGUGUCAAUUAACAAGCAAUCAAGGUUAUGUCAUCUACUCUUCACUUGGGUCGUUCUACAUUCCACUGAUGAUCAUGACAAUUGUGUACAUCGAAAUUUAUAUCGCAACUCGACGACGACUUCGAGAGCGCGCCCAGGCAUCCAAAAUUAACACACUAGCUAGCAGAAGCAUCGGGGACAGGGAGAUGGCCGUAUCCCAGCGUCAGCAGGACCAGGAAUCAAUUAGUAGUGAAACAAACCACAACGAACAUCCCAACAACAACAGCACGAGUAGCAGCAGCACCGAACACCGGUCCCAGCGGAAACGGAAGAAGAAAGCGCGGGAAAAGAAAGAGGCUAAAGAGGCGGCAAAACGUGCUGCUGCGGAAAACCAACUCCGGAUGGCGCUUCGGGACGAAGAUUCCGUCACGGAAUACCCGGAAAAUUCGUCUGCUAGCGCCAAAGCCAACUGUGAUACAAAACCAGUGACUGGUCCAAACGGAACAACCGGUGGUGCGAACGAGGACGAUAAGACUAAUCCAACCAGCGCCGUCAACGCCACCAACGGAAGUGGCGCCACAGCGGCUGCUGCUGUUGCCGUUGCCGAAAGUGACAAAAAGACACAUCACCAAAAAGCAGCUGCCUCGACGGCGGCGGCGGGCAGCAAAAGUCGCAUGAAACAAUCGUUCCGCAAAGCUGGUGGCAUUAAUCAAUUUAUCGAAGAGAAACAGAAAAUCUCCCUAUCGAAGGAGCGACGGGCGGCAAGGACACUCGGAAUUAUAAUGGGGGUGUUUGUGGUCUGCUGGCUGCCCUUCUUCCUCAUGUACGUCAUCUUGCCGUUCUGUCCCACGUGCUGUCCGACGAACAAGUUAAUUAAUUUUAUCACAUGGCUAGGUUACAUCAACUCUGCACUCAAUCCUAUUAUUUAUACAAUAUUCAAUUUGGAUUACAGGCGAGCUUUCAAACGUUUACUCGGAAUCAAACCGUAAAAGUUCGGUACGAUUGUCUUAGUCAAGAACGUAUUAUACUCUUCGAGGACAAUAUUGCAGCCAAUUGGUUUCAGGUUUUGUUUUUUUUGUAAUGUAUGCGCCAUCAACGGCAGACUAUUCAAUGUUUUACUUUGAAUUUUCUUUUUAAAAUAUUUUAACAAUUCCGUCGUGAAACUACUAAGUCUAAAAAAUAACAGAAUCGAAAAGUACAAGGGCUGAAAAGGUCUUCUUUACAGUACUGAAAUGGAUGCUAAAAAAUUGAACUUCUCAGCACUUGUAUCGAAAAGUAAUAUUUUUUUAAAUUGUUUUGAAUUUAACAGUGAAUUGAUUUUAACGCAUGGACAUUUGACUUCUCUUUACUUUAUUUAUUUACUCACUGAGUAAUACUCAGGUUAUUUUUCCAUAUACCAAUCUGUGAUUUUUCAGCUCAAUGGACAUAAUAUUCCAUUCAAGGGGUGUUUACGGAACUGUAAAAAAUGUUGUGUUGAACUCGUUGCAAAAAUAAGAUUUAAAAAAUUUAAUCACUUUGGAGUAGUGUUGGGGUCAUAUUUGACAUUCGCAAAAAAAAAGAAAAAUCUUGAUUCAAUUAUCCGAAGUGAAAUUUUUCCGAGUCUGGACUGUUAUGAAAACUUAAAUGUAUAGUAAAUUUUGCAAGAAACUGAAGGAAAACUAGGUCUUUUUUCCCAAAAAAAUAGAGACGUAGCCUUGCUUAGUAUAAAGUUUAUGCAUAUGGGAUAUGUACGUGAACAGGGGUUUUUGCCAGAUGAACUUAAAUAACAAGUUGGGAUUUUAAAACGGCGAUACAAAUUACCCCAGUUUGUGAACCACUCUAGUGUGCAUGAUUGCGUAACGGUGCUGCUGCUGCUGAUUUGGAGCAGCUUACAAGAUUUGUGUUCGGAAGCGAAGGUCGUCUCGCUUAGCCCCCAAAUCACAAACACCGUCACCUCCCCCAAAUAAGUAAAAGUUUCAAGCCAACGCGCCACGAUAACAUGUUUGGAUAAAGUUUAACCGCUCGUUAACUUCCAGGGAAUCUUCCGAAACUUGUGGAAAACUUGCCAUUGAUUGAGAGUUGUAAAAUGAUAGUUUAGCCUGAGAAUGCUUUCGUUGACCUGACUUUAAAAACAAUGUAAAGUUUCAAAUUUAGUUAAAUGCCUUGAUUUAGAUUUGCUGCAGAUAAAAUCAUCAUCAUAAUUGCAUUCCAACAAUUGCUUUCGAGCCCAAAGUAAUUGUUGGAUGGCAGGACCCUUUGAAGAGUAUUUUAAAAAAUCAGUGUACCGAACUAUACCAAAAUUUGACGAAAUCUCAUGAAAUCUCCUGUAAUCGAAAAUGUGCUCGAAAUAGAAUUGUUCGCUUUUCACUGUUCAAACAAAGCGAAACAAUGCGAAGAAAUCAAAAACUGUUACUCGCGAAUCAAAAUUUGUGUUAUUGGUUCUCAACUGUACCUGUUAUGAUUAUAAAUUUUUAAUCUUUUGUUUUUAUAGCAUAUUAAUGCAGUUUGUUGAAACGAAUAAUAUUAUCAUUGAAAAAAACUUUUGGAAAAAAAUUAUUUAACCUGAAACGGGUGCUGAAACGACGCAUGCGUUUGUUUGUAGAUCGAAACGAGAAAAUAAAGGAUUAAACAAGUUGAUCUAUAUUACAUAUAUACAGUAAAGUUCAUUUAUAAAUUAGGAACUUGUGAAAUACGGUAGUUAAGGACGACAUCAUCAAUGUAUUAUAAAGACAUAGUGAAUAAAGUUUCGAAAUAAAUUGCAUCACCUUGCGACAAAAUGAAAUCGUAGAAAUCGUUUGUUCACGGUGAAAAUGAAGGACAAAACUGUGAGAUAGAGGAUCAGUUGAUGUUUUAAAAUUACUCGCUGGCAAUCGUUCAGCAAGGAUGAACAGAUUAAAAUAAUAGUGUAUGCAAAAAAAUUAUCUGUAAAUGUGUGUAAUUAAAAUGGUCUGCUGAAAGACAUUAAAGAAAUUAAUUGCAAUAAAAAGAAUUUUUGUUACUAAAAA